AUGCGCAGUCGAUGGCAAGUGUUGGCAGGUUCUGUAGUGGUGGUUUUCCUCCUUCGCCAGGGAUGGUUGCUUCAACCUAUCAGAGAAGCUCAAACUGCUGAGAUCUUUGAUCUGGAGGAUCCCACGAGUGUUUCCGACCUGGGAGGGCGCAACCUUGCUCACAGUGAGCGUCUCUCUUGGGAGUUGGUACCCAAAAGGACCAACGUCGAGAAUCCGUUGGACUGUCAUGAGACCAGCUCUGGCGGUACCAAUGUCUUAGAGUGCUGUGGAUCAUGGGAAGUUGACGCGGAUGAUUUCUGGAUCCAACACCCCACCUGGGAGAUCACGCGGGAAAAUGCCACAAGCUAUUGCAUGUGCCCUAUUCAAGACGUAGAAAAGGCUGACUUUAUAAGAGAAAUCCAUUGGCGACAGUGGCAGCAGGAAGAUCCUUGCAGAGAAGUUGAGACGUCUAUGCAGCAAAACUCAGGCUUCGGGGCGGCUACUCGUUGGCUGAUGAUGUCCUUCUACCAUGCCUAUCUGGGAAGCAAACCCUUUCAGAUUGAAUGGGGAAAGCGAAGAUGGCUCUAUGCAACCGAGAAUAGAUCUAGCUGGGCCUACUGUGCCAGUGAGGAUAUCACGUGCUACUACCUUCCAAUUUCUCCCUGCUAUCGCAAUGCCACGGGGAAGUCUCUGCAUUAUGAAAGCAGACCCAAUGAAGCAGACAAUAAACAAGCUCGUCAGUUCUUUUGGCUGGGGUCUUACAUGAUGAGGCCUCGGCAUGUGUUUAGAAAGAAGCUAUAUGAAAUGAGAGCUAAACUGAAUGUGACCUACCCAUGCACAACCAUGCAUGUACGGCGUGGCGACUCGGGCUUGCCCCGACCGCCAUUUCGCCGUUAUGCCGCUGUAGCGGAAUACAUUGAAAAGGCAGAGCUUCAAAAGGGUGACACUAUAGUGCUGCUGACAGAUGAUGAAACGACCAUAGAAGAGGUGGAGCGAUUUCACAAGAAGGAUUACAAUUGGGUCUAUCUGGAUCGACCGCGAAAUCGUGGUGUGAAAGCGGGCUUCAAUGGUCACAUACCUUCAGGAGACGAGGGGUUUGAAAUGUUGGCGAUCGAGACGGAACUUCGCAUUGGGGGAUCUUGCGACAAGAUUGUUUGUGGGAGAAGUGGUUUCAUGGAGUCUCUGGUGCAAACGAUGUUGGCUGAAGGAAAGAAUUUCAGUCUGUACUUUGUCGAUACGCGAGUGACAAAGGAAGAAGCAAGGAAGUUCGGAGCGAAGGCCCGCCAACGAGAAAAGAGCCUCUUGAAGGAUAUCGAGAAAGCCAACAAGAAGCUGUCUGCAGGGUGA